GGCACCAGACGUACGUGGUAGGACAUAACACCCAUCCUAUAAAAGAUUAGUUUUGUGACUAUUUCCUUCAUCGUGUUGAAGUACGAAAAAAAAAUUUACAAAUACAAAGUCGCCAAGUACACCGCAAAAAGGGGGAAAAAGUAUUUAAAUAUUUUAUUUGGUCAAAAGCAACAGAAACCGAGCAAAAAUUAAUUGUUUCUGAAAAUAAAUUGUUAAAAACGUGAAAAAAGUUUUUAUAAUUUCAAUCUGUAUUUGCAAGAAAAUUUUGUCUAAUAAAUGCAGAAAACUGAAAUUAAUUAUUUCAGUAACUGCAAAUCAUAUUGUUGGUAAAAGAAACUUAAUGGAAACACUGUAAUAUGAACUUUCGGAGUGUAUAACUUGGUGCUGUAUAAAUACCGGCAAGUGAAAAAGUGGAUUAUAAAGUGUAUGAAGCCUAAAUGUUAUUUGCAGAUCAAACUCAAAUUUUGUUAAAAACUCUUCUUUAAGAACAAUUAGAGAAAAGUAAAUUUGAAUUUCUCCUAGUGAAAAUUUCAUUGAAAUUUCUAAACAGUUUUUAAAAUUUGUAGUUCCGUAAUUGAUUAGUUCAAAAAAAAUUUACUGUCCAAAAAAUUUAAGGAAUAUACGUGUUUGUUUAAAAACAUAAGAAGUGUAUUCUCGAAAAAGCAAAAAGAAAUAAAAAUGGCUUUCGCGAACAUAUCAAAGAGCCUUUUGCUACCAAUUCUUCUCGCCGCUCUUAUGCUCUGUGUAGGAUCUGUUCAAGGGCUGAGAUGUUACAUAUGUGGUCAAUACAAUGAUGGUGUUGGGAGCAUUACACCUUGCAUCAAUUACACAGCUCACAUGCACUUAAAGGACUGCCCGCCUUUGUCAAAGUGGUGUAUUAAAUAUGUCAGCGAAGGGUCAAUGGUUCGAGAUUGCGUUCCAUCGUGUUCUGAAAAGGAGGUGUGGGGAACGAGGACGUAUUGCUGUCAGAAUGAUGGAUGCAACUCUGGACCACCAUUGGUGUCGUUUUCAUUCUCUUUCUGGAUAUUACCAGUGAUCCUCGUUCUUGUAGGCAGCAAUCUUUGUGGUUAAUUUCGUUGUGAAUAUCAAUUUUAAUAAAUAAGAAAAAUAUGUUCGACGAUCAUCGACAUCCUCGUCUGCGUAACAUCUCUUUUACAACAUAUGAAAGACACAAAAGUAAGGUCUGCCUUUUCUAUAUGGUGAUCACCAUAAAUUCCUAAUAAGCGCAGAGAAUCGUUCACAAAAUAAAUAAAAUUAAUGACUUGCGACUGUGUAAUUCAACGUUCCAUUUCUUUAUCCUCUCUUACAUAUUGGUAACAUAUUUAUGUAUCCUUUAUGCAUACACGAGAGAAAAUCAAAUCCUACUUAUCACUGUUUAAGAUUUCAACAUAAUUUCGCACUUAAGACACUGCUAUUUUUUCUAGAAAUUCUAAAAAAAAUUAAAAACGUAUCGCUAUUAGUGCUUUUUUAAUUGCUAAUUUAUGGUGCUAAAUUUAGAUUAAGUGUACAAAUUAGAUUUGUCUAAAAUUUUACGAGAUUUCGAAAAAAAUAAGAUACUGAUUUUAUUGAAGUUCAAUUAUAACGAUAAAGAUUCUCUUUACUAAAAAUUUAUUUUCAUCUCGCUUAAUUUAAAACGAUUAGAAAAUAAUUAUUUGUCGAUAAAAAUUAAUAAUCGUAAGU